CACCAUAUCUCUCUCUCUCUCUCUCUCUCUCUCUCUCUCAGUCUCUCUCUCUCUGUUUUUUCUUUCAUUUCAUUCAUACACUAACUGAAAAUGCACCGACAGUCCCUAAGCUCACCAAACUCAAAGCUCCACACUCCUCAUGGAGGCCUCCUCUCUCACCCCAGUACCAACAACAUUGACCUCACUGCAAACGACUCUCACCUCGCCGCCGCCGCCGACGUCGACGACCUCCGCAAGUCCCAAAAGCCGCAAAAAUCGGCGGAGAAGCUCAUCCACAUCAUUCCUAUGCUCAUUGUCUUUUGCUUCCUAGUCCUCUAUCUCUCCUCUCACGAUCCUUCUCAAAAAGAGGUGACUAGCUUCAACGGAUUCAAGAGAAAUUCAAAGCCCAUAGAUGUCGAAAUAUCGUCGGAGAUUGAUGAUUUCGGGGGCCUAUUGGAGACGAAAAAGAGCGAUAUUUUAGCAAUCGGAAGCAUGAGGAAUUUACAAGAGAUUCACAAGAAGCGAAGUCAAAAUAAUCACCGUGUUCAUCGAAAAUUCGCCGAUUUUUAGUCAAUGUUUUAAUUUCCGGUUCAAUCCUCUUCUCUCUCUACAUUUAUUUUCUCUCACUAUAACUAUGUAUGUAUCGAUAACAUCUAAGAAAUGAGCGAUUAACGUUCCAUUGUUUGAGCUGGCA